AUGAGACCCGCUGCGGGUCCGACAGAGGCCUUAAGACCACCGAGAAGGACAAGAGCAGAUCCAAACACCCGAAAUACCGGGCCGGAUCUGAGAGCCAAGCGCGCCCACGUGAGGCGACAGAAAGGCGUCACCACUUCUCGCCCAGUAGCGCUGUACGUCGCAAGGGCUUUUCACACUUGGCAGAUCUUCUGCUCUCCAGGGUGUCAUGCGCAGCCCGCUCUUUCGCCCUCCGCUGCCUGCCGCCAGACCUUACUGGGGCUUCCCCGCCCCCGAGCAGACACGCGCGGUAGAGGGCCGCCGCCUGACAGGCGCCGCGGCAAAGGGACUGGCUGGCUGAAGGCCGCGCGUGUGGACUCGGGGCUGUUGGACCCUGCAGCAGGGAGAGCGGGCGCGGAGACCCUGGGCCGCCUCCCCGCUCAGUGCUUGUCUGGGUGCCCCGGCCUUCCCGCGGCCUCGGAGCUGCCGGCUGAGGGCGCGGCCCCGGCAGGCGGCCCGGCGGGAGUGGGCGGCGUGGCCGAGGUGGGGCGGGCGCGCUGCUGCUGCCCGGGCGGCGCCUGCGGCUGCCGGGGCCUGACGCUGGGCUGCUUGCUGGCAGCGCUGGGCCUGGCCUCGCUGGCGCUGGCCCGCCGUUCGCUGCAGCACCUGCUGCUCUGGGCCGAGGGCUUGCCGCCGCUGCUGAGCCUGCUGCUCUUCGUGCUGGGCUUCGUGGCCGUGUCGUUCCCCUGCGGCUGGGGCUACAUCGUGCUCAGCGUGGCUGCUGGCUACCUGUACGGCUUCGUACUGGGCAUGGCGCUCAUGGCGGCAGGCGUCCUGCUGGGCACCGGCGUCGCGCAUGUGGUGUGCCGGCGCUUGCUGGCAGCUCGCGUGGCCGCCCGGGUGCGGGGCAGCGAGCGGCUGAGCGCGGUCAUCCGUGUGGUGGAGGGAGCCGGCGGCCUCAAAGUGGUGGCACUGGCCAGGCUGACUCCCAUUCCCUUUGGGCUACAGAACGCAGUGUUCUCGAUGACUGAUCUCUCUUUACCCAACUAUCUGAUGGCAUCUUCAGUGGGACUGCUUCCUACCCAGCUCCUGAAUUCCUACCUGGGUACCACCUUGCGGACCAUGGAAGAUGUCAUCACAGAACAGACCAUUAGUGGAUAUUUUGUUUUUUGUUUACAGAUUAUUAUAAGUAUAGGCCUCAUGUUUUAUGUAGUCCAUCGAGCACAAGUGGAAUUGAAUGCAGCUAUUGUAGGUUGAAUGGAACUGAAAACCUCACUUGUGAAAGACAGUCAGCCAGAUGCCAGCAGCUCAUCAUACAACAAGCGGAUGCUGACAUUCUCUGGAGCUGGGAUCAACGUUGUGUGACUCUAGCAAAGUAUAAAGUUAUUGAGAGCCUGGUAUGCUGUCCAAGGUGCAGUUUCCUCACAAGGGCAGAGACAAGGACUAACCCUAUUACAACACAAACAAAACUGACUAGUUUUUAAAUUGCAUACCUUGUUUUGGAAGAUAGAUGCAAUUUUGGCUGCACCCCAUUAUUAUUGUGCCCGUAAAGGCCUGUUGGUCUGCACUUUAGUAUUUUUAACUUUUUCUUUCUGGAUACUUAUGAACAGAGAAGUGACCAAUUAUUUUUCUGGUUAGUCUUUAUUUAUAAAGACCCUGGAUAUCUGUAUGCAUCUUUCUUACUUCUAAAGACCAGUAAAAGUAUGCAGUUUUAAACUUACAAUACUAUUGGAUGCCCUUUGCUUUGGUAGUUUUUCCAGAAGGGAUAAACAGAUUUUGUUUUGUUUUAUUUUUUUUUAAGUGGGACCACUUUGCUUCCCUGUUCUUUCCUAGUUAGAAACAGACAUUAACUUUGGGUUGAAUGUAUUUUUGCAGGCACUGCAUUGUUGCAGGGCCAUUUACACCGGUUCACACAAGCUGAAAUCCUAGACAUGAGACUGAAGUGCUCUUAAGAAACCUUUUAUUUCCACUGUGUAAUGUGCAAAGAAAGAGAGAAGUUAAUCUUGUUGCAUCACUUUACUCUCCUUAGGUUCAUCAUCAAAGGGCUGUCCCAUAGCAGCCUUACUCAAUCAUUUCAUUAAAAUACACUUUUUUUUACAUUCAUCGUUAAACUUUGAAAUAAAAAUGUUCUUUUUUUAAAACGUUCAGCUUACUAUCAUUGAAGAUGUCACUCAGAUGGCCUUAUUUGAUCAAAAUGCCUUUUUAAAAACACAAGCUUUAAAAUUAUGCUUAAAAUUUCAUUGAAGUACAUAUAUAUUUGUCCCCAUUGCCUUCAGCUUUAAAACUGUAAUCUUAAUAUGAUGUAAACUUAAUAUAUAAAAUCUGUAUUUGCCCUACUAUUGAGUGGGUUUGUUUUGUUUCAGUACUCGUUUAUCUCUGAUAAGACUCAGGAAUUCUGAAAUGUGAACUAUAUUUUUUAGUAGUACUUAUGAGUAUAGCAUACAGUAAUUUGUCACAGGAUUCAUAUGCCAUCUGUAUUAAUUUAUCACCUAAUAUUUUUAAUAUAGUUUAAUUGUGACUUUAAAGACUCAGUAUUUUGUUUGUUUUUUAUAACCAAGAUUAUAGAUAGGAACACAAAUUUUCUGGAAGGUACCUCAUUUUUGGCAAGAAGAUUCCAACUUAUCGAAGACUUCCAACUUGUCUUUUCUUUAGGGUAAAAUCUUUGCCCUGAUUUACUAAAAUGCAAAAGAAUUCUUUGAAAGCACAUUAUCUAGUCUUACACUGAAGUGCGUUUGAUUUUAAUGUGUAAGUUUUUGUGCUAUUGCAGGUAUAUUUUUUCUUUCCUUCAUAAUACAUAUGUUUUCUUACCUUUGAGUAACAAUGAGGUUCACUUUAAGUCCAUACCCAGGAGACCUUAGUACAGACCAUCUGAGUCCACAAUACGUAAUUGGCCUCCCAAUCUUUCUUUCUUUAUUGGUAG